AGGCCCCAAAUCAAGAUAUGUUUCUUCCAGAUCCCACAUCAAGAUAGCCUCACACUGACAGCUGAAAGAAGCUGUGGAAAGCUAUGCUAGACAGUUAUCAUACUCUAAGUAAAUUUGCCUAAUGUCGGGGCUCAGAUCGAUUUCUCGAUAGACGCAGAACCAUCCAUCCAAAAAUGUCAAGAGUAUCUUUGCCUGAGUCAUACUAUAACGGCGAUGAUCCGAGCAGACAUGAAGGUGAAAACCGACUUGGAGCAGCCUGUAAUGACGAUCCGAAUGACGUUUUCGCUCCCCAGAUAUAUGCCGAAAGGUUAAUUCUCAAAGACGUCGAGGGGAAAUGUCUGGAGAAGAAAGAUCAAACACGAAGCUCCGAAAGUUCGGUAUAAAUAGUACAUCAAGGAAAAAGAGGUCUCACGUUGAUUGUGGAAAAAUAUGUGUUGAUACGGUAGGAGUGAAUAAGUAUAAAAUAGUUGCUCGAAAUGCCACCAUACAGACUUUUCUAUGACUACCAUCCUUGAUCCUUAGGUUUGGUGGAUAGGUACCAGUUCAAACCUUUUAUUUUUUCAAGUUAAAAUAACUUAACACCCAGCAGCACUUUAUGUAACGAAGAUACUCGAGUAACGAAAAGCUGUGUAUCGUCACGUGUAUGAUGGCAAGUUGACAAGACGCGAAUAUUUGAUGAGUAAGCAACCAACAGAGUCACGUCGACUUAUAUCUUCCGCGACAGAACACACUUCUUCUCUUUCCUCAUCGAUCAUCAAACAUGGCUCCUCCUGUGAGUUUGAGUAAAGAUGAAUUCCGUCUUUUAACCUGGAUACGUCCUCAAUUCAGUCAAAUGACCAUUCAGCCCGAAUCCCUCCAACGCAAUUGUCCACUCGACAAUGGCCGGCUUCACCCGCAGGUCUCUGCUUCUCCGUCUACCGUUGGAAGCUUAGAGUGUAUUCCACUCGAGAUUAUGCAUCUGAUCUUAAAUUUACUCGACUUGCAAUCUCUAACAGACAUUAGAGCUGUGAGCUGGCGCGCUCGUGCUCUUGUUGACAGCGUCCCCGAAUACAAUUCAAUAGUUAAGCACUGUCCGGAUGCACUGCGUGCAUUGCUCUCAACGCGCAUGGCUGUUCACUUUACUGCUUCGGAUAUCUUUGAGGCACUCUGCACGGAAUGUUGCUUUGUCUGUGGGCAAUUUGGGCCAUUUCUCGACAUGUUUACUGCUCAACGAUGUUGCUUCAUUUGUUUGGCAAGCUCGGAUAGUCUAUUAUCUAUGACAGCAUCUUCUGCAAGGAAAGAAUUUGGUCUGGAUUUAAAAAUGAUGCGCACAAUACCAACGUUAUUGAGCAUCCCGGGAGAAUACACGGAAAGUGAGAGAACAUAUCGAAGACGGACGCGUUUAGUGCGCAUGCUCUCAGCCAACGCCACCAAAUCACACCAUCACGAUACCGAUAACCUACAUCAAAGACCAGUGUCGCCAGCCACGUCUUCCCUUCAGCCGUCAGAGCCUCGUCCGAUUCGAAAUUCACAUCCAUCGCUGCAGAAAUUCGACACUCGUUUCCAAAAUCCCCAUCGGUUUAUGCCAAUGCUAAGGUUUCCUUCCUUAGAUCGAAGGAUGGGAAAGCUUGACUGGGGAGUUUCAUGUCAAGCAUGUCACCAUGGCCCUCGAAAUAAAAGACGUGGAUACUGUGAUUGGAAUACUGUUUACUCUAGUUCUGGGUACAUUGGCCAUUUUCACAAGUGUGAGGUAUCUCAGAGAGCAAGAGUUGAGAUACCAAAGUACAUCGAUCAUGAUGGAACAAAUCAGUGGCUUUUAGAUGCUCAAUUCUUGGGGUUUGUUAGCGAACUCAGGGUUCUGCGAACGUUUUCAUAACAAAGCUAGUGUUUACGGAAAAUUCUUUAGUUGCGUUCGUGUCCCUAGCCUAAUUCCACAACCACUAGCCAUCAUUCUUCCUCUUGUGACGGAGAAAUCAUAUGAGAGCUGCUCUACAAUCCUAUUCGCCCUCUGAUACAACAGCUCUUAGCGGUGCAUCUCAUCUUCGCCAGGUUUGACCAUAUGACUUGGACACAUAUUAGCUAUAGCCCGGUCCAAUUCCCUUCCCACAGGGUGGCAUUUAACGUUGGUGCCAAUUCGUGCCUCGCAUUGUUCAAAUGCGGAAUUUUUCUCGCAUUUGCAGGUGUAACGGAAAAACCACUGUACACAUUUUUUGAUAUCGAGAUUCUUUUGAGUUGAGUAAUGCAAAGUUCGAUCAGGGAAGGGUUUUGCCGUGAGAGGAUGGAGUUUGGAGGAUAUCGGAGGGUAUCCUUUGUCUUUGCUAAAAUCGGAAGUCAGUAACUAUGUAAUAGAAUGUAUGAUGAUCAAAUCUCUGACCUUUUUCCAAACAAUGAGAUCGAAUUGUUGUUUGUGGAUAAUGGGUGGGUGGGGAGUAUUUGACUAAAUCUCUAACCUUCUUCCAAGCAAUGAGAUCAAGGGGUAUUUAUGGAUAAUGGGCGGGAAGGAUUGCAAGAUAAAAAGCAAGGCUUCCAACAUCCAAGAUUUGGCUGCAUAACCCCGACCUCUUAAAAGAGAGAGUUGUAGGGCCAGGCUUACUUACCGACAUUAGGAAGCGACGAUACCGAGUUUGAGAUUUCCUUCUUUCAAUUCCUUUCAUUCCAGGUGAUAAAUUGAAAUUAGUUGGAACAUUGAAGUUGUUGACGAGAUUGAAACUAGUCUAAUUCUUUUAAAUGAUCUGAGCUUUCGAAUGACGUGGGACAUUCAAACAGUUUGGAGAAUUCGAAUGGUACAUGAUAUUGGGAUAUUGGGGUUGUUUGGAACAUUCAGAAAAUUUGGACCAUGCAGGUAACCUGGAACUAUGGCUUAAGCAGGUUCUAUUUAACGGCAUGAAUCUCAUUGUUAUUUGUCCAAUCGAGUUGUCAAUCAAGACUGCCUCUUC